AUGGAAUCGAGUGACUCAGAGUACGUGGUAGUAGAGACUGACUUAGAAUCAAAUAUCAGAGAUUUGAUUGAACAACAUCCCUUUGAAAGUGAAAAUUUAACUGAAGUUCGUGAAGUAGCAAUAGGGAAUAUUGAUUAUAAUGAUGACGAGCAAGAGGAGACGUUUUUAAAGUCAAUAGUAGCAGCAGUUAGAGAAGAGGAAGUUGAACAGGAAGGAGAGGAAGAAAAGAUUAAGGAAGAAAGAAAAGUUUCCUUUGUUCAAGCUGUAACGCCUCUUGAUUAUUUUGUCAGCAGCAAGAUUUAA